CCAGUUAGAGGCUGACAUGCCCAAAAUGUGAGUUACUCAGUGCCGUCCUCCCUAACCUAUCAGUGUGGGAAGUAAGCGUGCCACCUAUGAAGUCAGCAGUCCCCAACCCCCACCCUGAACACAUGUUCAACAUCCUCUGGGCACAGGCUGAGCAGAGCACUGAGACACAGCUGAGAAUUAGAGUGAGAGAGAGCAGUGAAGUGGAAAUAUGGGUGAGCAUCAGAGAAAGACAGAAAUAGAGCGAUAAAGCAGUGAAUUAGGCAGAGGCAGAGAGAGGAGGAGGAGAAAUACAGAGGCUUUCACUGAGGCGGCGAUGCUUCGUGCAGACGAGGUUUUUUUCUUCCAGCAGAAAGCUCUCGUCGUGUGUGGAUGCGAGAACCUCAUGGAUUUGCUCCCCUCUGAGUCUCAGUGGAAUUCAUUGCAUCUGGACCCAAAACAGCAGCAGACGGAGGAUGCGGCUGUAGCUGGAUGCUAGGAUCCAUGUGGGCCUGUGACGUCUGCACUCCCCUCUGUGGCUACCUUCUUCCCCAUAAGGAUGGCUCUAGCAGCACUGACCCAGAUUGUGGAGUCCUGGCUCUUCGCUGUGAGCUGCUCCUCGGGUGGUCUGUGAAUGUAAUGCGGACGAGGCAUGUCCUACACCUCGGCGGAUACCGCUCAGCCUGCUGCCUCUGCUGACAUCUGUCUCCGUGGAUACAAACAGAAACUGGCAGGCUACGCCACCAAGACUGAUCCAUAAUAAUAAUCCCCAGCUGCAGAACAAACAACAUCUGGGCGUGGAGAGAAGGGAGAGGGCGAAGUCUCAGCAGGGUGAGCGGCAGAUGGUGACACUGCAGCAGCACUUCUCCAGCAUGGAGGAGACUGUGCGAACGCUACUACAGAACCAGGACUCAUUGGAAGGGCCCAAGGUGGACCCCCUGGACCUCAUGAAAGCAUACAAGGACAAACUCCUGGAGGAAAUGUGGAAGCAGCAGGACAGUCUGGAGGGUCCCACAGCCACAGCAGCAGAGAGGCCUGACUCGCCCGAGGCCGGCGGAGGGUCAGAGGAAUGUUCAAAGGACAGCAAUCCCUUGCUAGAGCGACUCAGAACUCUGGAGGCGGAGAACUCUGCUCUGUCAAUGGAAAACGACAAUCAGAGGAAGCAGUAUGAACGCUGUCUGGAUGAGGUGGCGAACCAGGUGGUCCAGGCCCUCCUCACACAGAAGGACUUGAAAGAAGAAUGUGUGAAGCUGCGGACCCGUGUGUUUGACUUGGAGCAGCAAAAUCGCAUACUGAGUGUGCUGUUUCAACAACGUGUCAAAAUGUCCACGAUUCCUGUCUCCCAGGAGGUCCAAAGGAAUGGAAAAGCAGGUAUUCCUGCAGGAAGGUGGCCAAGCCUGCUGAGUCUAACAUGCCCACGAAGUAGUGGUAGUGGCAGCAGUAGCAGUGAACUGUCACUAUCCAGUGCUUGUAGUGAGUACUCCAGUGGCUCCCACACUUGGGCAGAGGGACGUGGAUUCUCCAAGCAGUGUGCCACAAGCCGGGACAAAAGGAUGAGUACAGGUUCAGUAACCAGUAAUCAUUCGGCACCCAUCGAGCCGACAGAUCUGGGAUGGAAGGAAGGCCACAUUCUGAAAGGUCUGAAGCGUCUCCAAAUGUGUAGCUCCAAAGAGGCAUCCUCACUUGCAUCUGUACCACACUGUAAAGAUUGUAUGACCUCCAAUGAAGGCAUUUACUCACUUGGGGUCAAGUGUGGCCUACAAAGGAGUACAGCUAAGCAAGUAGCCCCAACAAGUAAACCUUUGCAGGCUGCAGCAGGGAUCGCUGCACUAGACUCUGAUGAUGCAGAUGAUGAUUCACCUAAAUUACAAAGUAGGGAAUCCAGUGACAAACAAACAAAAGAGAUUAUUUGCUUGGAGAAACUGGAUAUCACAAGGGAUAUUGACAACAAUUUUCAAGAAGACCCAGUAAAACUUGCUGGGAAUUCUGGACUUUUUCCCUCACCUGUCACAGACAAUUUCUUAUUUUUGGAGGGCCCCACAGUAAAACCUGGUGUAAGCCCAACAGAUACCCUUACACGUUUAGAAGAAAAAAACAAAGACUCACUAGAAAAACACAAGCCUUCAGGCAUGAAAUUAAGUGACAGAAACAAUAACCAGGAAAGGUCUACUGACCGUAAAUCCAGGCUUGAUCAGGUCAAAAGACAACAGGGCAGACUUGCAAUCAAGCAAGUUGAAGCAGGGGCAAGCGAUGGGAGCUCUUCUAUUCAUCAGUCUGCAACAAGCGUUCUGAGCUGUGUGAGUGUAGCCAGACAACGCAGCUCCUCAAUGGAGGUUCCUCACUGCAGAGACCAGGCGAGUCAAGCUGGCAGUGAAAGCCAGGACUACACCAUCUCAGAAUCGCCACAGAGGAAAGCGAAACCUCAGCCUUGUGACUCAGCAAGAAAGGCUUUCAUUCUGCGGAGCAAGAGUGCGGAUGGAGGACAAGAACAACCUAAGCAUACACAUUCUCCUCUCCACCAAAAGCUUAUUAAGGGUCACAGGUCCAAAGGACAGUCAACCCCUGGACACAGUGUUCCUAGCAAAAGGACAAAUCUCAGUAAAACACAUGGUUCAAGUAAGAUCUUAUCUAAAGUUGAGAAAGAUGAUGACAUUGUAGUAUCAAAAAGUUCCAAGUCUCUCAAGAGUGUGCAACAGUGCUCUCCCCUUGCUUCCCCGGUGAAACAUUCAAAGACAUUUAAGCCUCCAAGUAUCAAUGAAUCCUCAAAGAGCCCAACAAAAUCACCCAUGCAAAUCACUAGACUUCAAUCAAGUAGUGACUCUGUGGAAGAGAGCAUCUAUGACAACUUACCCUGCUCUCCCCGAAAACAACGACGCCAAGACGAGCACUGUGAUGUGUCCCUUUCUGAGCUUAGGUCCUCAUCCCCACCACCACCCCCAAGUCGAACAGCUUCUCUUUUCCAUAGAUCCAGUUGUGACAGCUUACCCAAAGCACAUAAAUCUGCAGGUCAGGCUCAAAGCUCUACUGCUGGGAAGACAACAUCAAGCACCACCAAGCCACAAUCAAAUCAGCUUUCUUCUAUUUUACUGCCUCAAUCUACCACAGCAAAAGACAAUCAGCAAAUGGGUGCUGAAGGUAAGCCACUGAAAGAUAUCCCUGCCAAGGGCUACCAUACCAAGAUACCACCUCUCCCAGUUCAAGAUUCACAAGUUUUAGAGUCAGCCCAGUUAUCUAUGGACAGAACUACCACAUGCCAUGAUGAAAAUGGUGCUCCCGCUAUAUUGCCAAGUCAGAGCAUCUUACAAAGAUCCCAACAGAGCAUUAGUGAGCCAAAGCUUUCAGAAGCCUUGCCUCAGGCAUAUUCUAAUGUUUACUACCAUGGGAUUGCCAACAAUCUUCAGAGUUCCACCUCAAGAGCUGUAAAAAUGCCUAUUCCUGUAAACGCUAAAUCUCAUGAGGCCAUCUCUGGACAGGAUACCAGUACAUUCCUAGUUUUUGGAAGACAGAACAAAGAGGAUACAAACUCUACUACAAAAAGUAUCCAGACCUUUCAGACUUUCAUGUGUGAUCCUCAGAUGAUACAUGAAUGUGGUGCUCAUGAUAAAGCGCACAGAAAGAUUGAGACCCGCUGUAACUCGCUGGAUUCUGAGCCGUCGGUUCAACCUGCAUCAGACAGUGGUGUGAUGUUAGAUUGGGGAUUUGAUGAGGAAGGUUGGCUGUUUAAACGGUCUGUGUCUGUGUCAACCAGACCUCCUCUUAAGCCAGUAAUGGGCAUGAAUGGGGCCAAGGCUCGUAGUCAGAGCUUUGGUGCACGCUACAUGGACAGACCAAGCUUCAACAGAUCUGGAAAGAUCCGUACCCAGAUCAAAACACACUCAGGGAGCUCCUUAAACUCUCUUAGUGAUGUCCUUCCAGGAAGUAUGAGUUGCUCCAGUAGCUACCAUUGCCCAAUGAAUCGAUCCCUUUUGAACAACUUCUUGAUAGAGGAGGGCCUGACAGUUCCCUCACAUUUGGGGUCCUCCAGUGAAAGGCUUCAAAGUCUUAAACACCAACGAGAGCAGGCUAGGCGCCUUCAGAUUGAGCAACAGUUUUCAAGCGCCUUUGGUGAGCCAGUUUCUGAAGAACCAGAGAGACAAAGUACUAUAACCACAAUUGAAGAGAAAGUGAUGCUCGGCAUAGAGGAGAACUUGCACAAGUCUCAGGAACAGGAGAGAAGCAUUGAAGUGAAGCAAAAAUCUGGUUCAACCUUGGCAAAUUGGUUUGGAUUUCGUAAGAGUAAGCUUCCUGCUCCAAGCAGCAAAAAGACUGACCCACCGAAAGUGAAAGAGGACAAGAGGGAGCAAAAGAUUACAUCACUUCUGGGAGGAAAGCAGACAAAGUCUGACAAAAAAAGAGACAGGAGAAAAAGCGAUGGAAAAGACUGCUCUGUGGGGAGAAGAGAGUCUCAUGAUGCAGUGCGGGCUUGCAUCUCAAUGCCCUGCCCAGGAAUGUCCCUAAAUGAAAUACAAGGACAUACUGACAUCAUUGGAGACCCAAAGAUGAUUAACCUGAGAGCCGAUGGUGAAAACGGAUCCACAGUGAAGACCCCCAACCAGGAUGCUGUAAUAGGCUCCGGCUGCAAGAUGCGAACGUUGGACAGUGGAAUUGGGACCAUCCCCCUUCCUGAAUCCUGUUCCUUCUUCUCCUCCAUCCUGCACCUCCUCCCCAAAUCCUCAUCAACCCCAGAACAGUCCCUCAGUCCUCCCAGUGUCCCUGGUUCCUCCAGCGAGGACGUGUCUCCUUCCCCAUUACCCCGGUGGAGAGUACCCUCCAGCUUUAAGGACAGCAGCCAUGCAGGGGUGCCAAACUCCCUGUCCGACUCCUCCAUGACCCAUAUCCAGUCAGUGCCUUUCCCCACUGUGGCCUUCCUCCAGCCCAUCCACCCCCAAUCUGAACCCUUUGUGGCCAGUGUGUGUGAUACCCACAGCAGGCUACCCAGACCACCACAAGGUGGACUGGAACCAAAGAAGUUGACCUAUAUCAAAUCAAAAACACGAGCCACCCCGAGCCAACAGAAAGAACAGACAAGACUUCAGCUUGCUAACUAGCUUAUGAAGCUGACUGAGUCAACCUGAAGUAAAGAAUCAGGCAAUCAUUUGGAUUUAUCACUCUAACACACGGAGGAUCCCUGAACCCCACAGCUUGGACUGAAGUGAGCUUGGCAUUGUAGGCUUCCACCUGUGUUUAGUGUGGUGUUGAGAAACAGAGUAGUCUUUCAGGUGUAGUAACGAACCUUCUGGCAGCCAUUUUGGAGGUCUGCAGCUCAUUGGCAUCAGCUGUGAGCAGCUGAUUGAAUUUCUAAAUGUACAGCUCUGCUGUCUUUCAGGACUGGAGUCAAACACACAAACCCUUUUCCCCCUUGAUGAAGUAACAAUGUGGAGUACAGACAGUUUCCUGUGUUGCAGUUACCUGAACGUAAUAAAACAACAACUGAGGAUGAAGCUUAUAUAUUUGGAACUUAUAAAUGGAUCUACUGUUGCAGCACACAGCUGCCAUCAUCAAAAAGAGAUUUCUCACAUUGCUACUCAAAAACUAUGUAACUAUUACAACAAUGGUGCAGCCAUGUCACCUACAAAUUAUAUUCACAUACUACUAAUUUACCGUGGCUAAUACAUUUUGGAGGAAACAUAUUGACCUGAAUAAUGGAUUACAAAGCCUUUAUAGUAAACAAAUAUGCAACAUUGAUGAUUGUUUUCUUUCAUUCUUCUCCCCUGGCAACUAAAGCUUGAUUCAAGGUUUUUGGCAAAGCAUAGGUCUAAUCUAUCAGCUAUAAUCCAUAUCAUAUCGGCAGUGUUGGGGCAAGUUACUCAGAAAUUGUUAAGUUACUAGUUACUUAUUACUCCUUAAAAAAGUAAUAAUUUUACUUUAUUUAUUACUGGGUGAUAAAAGUUACUAGUUACAUAAUUCAUUACGUCAAUAUAUUAUUUUCACUAGCACCCUCACCCCGAAACAAAGCAGUCUCUCCCGACUUAUCAUAUUCAUAACAGCAGCAAGGAGUGUGGGUUUUACAAAAUAGAUAACGUUUCGAUCGAUAGAUAACGCCAACGGCUGAAAUAAAAAAAUAAAGCAAGUUAAAUCCUGACUUUUGAACUAUUGUUUUUCGCCACUCUCUCCCGACGAGUCCAAGCAUCACUGGCAGUAGCGGCGGGUAUAAGUUUCACAUUGCUGUGCUGCUUUAGCAGAUGCUGUAAUAAAUCAGAUGUAGAAUUGUUCGAGGUUGAAAGCUUUUUACUCGUCGCACAAAGUUUACAAUGUGCGACAAUGUUCUUUGCAUCUUGACUGUGACACAAUAAUGGCAAUAAGCUACUUACAGCUGGGGAAAGAACGCCGCUCUCCCUCGUUCUCCAGUCUUCCUUUAGCUUCUCGGCUAACAGCUGAACUGAACUAAUAAUAUUACUGUUUUGGAAAAGCAAUCUGUUAUACUACUAGUUACUGGGAAAAGUACAGUAAAGACCACCAGACCUCCAUAAUGGCACCAGAUGUGGUCACUUUUGAAGAUCAGUGAUGCAAAUGAAAGACUACCACUAAAAUCCUGCUGAACAAAGAUUAUGUUGACACACUCAUUUGCAUUUUUCAUUCUUCAAACUUUCGUGUGAAGAUCUAAUUCUGCUUUGAAUCUACUAAAUAUCUAUCUAGCUACAAUACAUGUCAGUAAUAUAUUUUUAAGUAAAACAUCAGAUUAUAAACUCAAGAUUACAGAAUCCGUUCUGAAGACAAUUUAUGUACAGCACUAACUACUGAUUGCCAUUCAUGAGCUCUAUACCUGACUGAGUAAUGUGAUUCUUUAAAGUGUGCAUCUUGUUGGGAACUUUUUUGUAUUAUCACAAUGUUAAUAUCGACUUGCAUGCAACCACCAUCGGUCUUAUUCUAACCACAGAAUUGCGGUGUAUGAAUCUGAUAUCCAUCACAUGAAGAGUUUCAUCACAAGAGGUGAAACAUACUGAUGUGUGAAACUUGAUGUGCACUGCUCAGUAUUUCUGACAGAGUACACAUAAUCUGUCAUUACCUAAGAAAAGGUCCUGAAAUAGCCAUUGUGAGUCUGACUUUCACGGCUCAUUCUAAAUAGGUGUCGCAUUUUAAAAACUGCACAUCUCAUUUUGUAAUGAAACUCUUCAUAUGAGAACUCCAUUCUGCAUUUUAUAAACAUUUCCACAGUUAUGACAUCAAGACAAAGGAGUGAGUUGUUGCAUGUAAUCUUAGCUAUAAAGCACCUAGUAGGCACAUUGUGGACAUUGUUGUGCUAGCUCAGGGAAAAUACCAUUUAUAUUGUCUCUGAUAGAUGCUGUGGAUUUAAUAAAGAAACCACAUCUUUAAAAUGUACACAACCAUUUCAUUGCAACCAGUGAACACACCUGAUUUCACGGUUAAAGAAUAUUUCCUGAACUCAAUAUUUCCUCGUCUGUUUGUGUCUGUACAUUUAACUGUAAGAUAUCUCCCCAUGGUUGCUCAGUUUCUCUCUCUAUUAUGUAUGCUGUGUCCUUUAUAGUAAUGUUUUCGGUGUUUUAAAUGCAUCCUGACAUAUUUGACGGUUUUACCUGCUUUGUGAUGUUUCCCCCUCACACCUUGGUCAGCUCCGCGCCUUUCAUGUGUAGAUAUUUGCCAAAAUGCAUAUUGCCAAACACCUCUUUGAGCUAAUCACAUAUACAGAAAAUGAAUGCAACUAAAUCUACAUAUCAGACGUGUCAUGGUGACUAUAGCCAUAUUCUUUUGAAACACUAGGGACAGUGAUGUAGAACUGUGGAGCACUGUAAUGUUGCACAAUAUCAUGUCAUGUCAUCUUACUGUAUUUACCUCCUCUUUAAAUCUUUGCUCACUUGCUACACGUAUAUGUUGAGGGUAAUAUUUGUAAAACUGCAGCAGUGUUUAUGCCUGUACCAACACACGUGUAAUAAAUGAAAUAUGUAGCGUACACAGGUGAGACGAGGUGUUAAUGGAUCAGGGAACAGAUUGGCUGUACUGAUACGGGUAGAUGGAGCAUGACAUCUGUGUUUUUAAAACGGCUUACAUAAUGAAGAGUGUCACUCUCACAAGAGUAUUGUAUUUUUUUAACAUUUACUCUAAUGCCCUGUAUUUGUACUCAGCACUGAUGAGUGUAAUUGACCAUUUAUUGCACAUAUUGUUACUCACUAUUACAGUAAUUCUCCUUCUAAAUGUUUUUUUCAGAACCCAUAAUAACAGUGAUGUUCUUGUGUGACAGUCACCUUAGUAGUACGAAUUGAGAAUUGUAUAUUACUGAUAUUCUUUGAUUUAUGUAAAAGAAAGAAAAAAAUAAACUAUUUCAAUACUUACACAACAUAAA